CCGUCCCAACUUGUUGAACAAGUUUCUUUUAAAUCUUUAAGCACUCUUAGCCUUAGCCAGCUUACAUGUCUGCAAGAAUAUCUAGAAUGCUACUCGUUUGACGGGAUCACACACAGAGCAGCGUGGAGGUGGAGAAGCUGGCCUUCCCUGUGGUGGCAAUGUAUCAGCCAGGGAUCCUGGGUAGAAGAAAAUGUUCCUGGAAACCAUGGAUGGUUGCUCUUAUCAUCACAGCUGUUUUGUUGGCUUUGGCAAUAAUCAUCGGUCUUCUUGUUUACUUUUUAGCGUAUGAUCAGAAGACUUAUUACUACCAGGCCUCCUUCCUGAUUCCCAGCAUUAAAUAUAGCUCAGAUUUGUCCGUUGAACAGUCAAGACUUCGGACAACCCUGAAAGAAAAACUCAGCAAUGAGAUAGAUGUGAUAUUUCAAAGAUCCAGUUUAAAGCAUCAUUAUGUCAAAUCUCAAGUUGUCAACUUCAGGCCCAGUAAUGAUGGUUUGAAAGCAGACAUGCUGAUUAAAUUUCAGUUUCCCCUUAACAAUGUGGACACUUUGAAAAGACAAGCUGAUAGCAUUUUGCACAAGAAGUUGCAAUCUACCGAGAUCUUCUUGAAGAUAGACAUUUCAUUACCUUAUCUUAGAGAAAUGAAUGCAGCACAAGCAGAGAAUAUUCUAAACAGUGAUUGUGGCUUGGGGAUGGAGUACCCACAGACAGCCAGAAUCGCUGAUGGCAAACCUGCAGACAAAGCUUCCUGGCCAUGGCAAAGCAGCCUGCAGGUGGAUGGUGUCCACCUCUGUGGUGCAUCUCUGAUUGGCUCCCAGUGGCUCCUGACCUCUGCUCACUGCUUUGAUACUUACAAAAACCCCAAACUGUGGACAGUCAGUUUUGGAACAACCCUAAGCCGUCCACUGAUGACAAGAAAGAUGGCGUCCAUUAUCAUCCAUGAAAACUACGCAGCCCACAAGCAUGACGAUGAUAUUGCUGUGGUCAAGCUCGUUAGCCCAGUCCUAUUUUCUGAAAACCUGCGCAGAGUCUGUCUCCCUGAUGCUACCUUUCAAGUCCUGCCAAAGAGCAAAGUGUUUGUCACAGGAUGGGGAGCAUUGAGAGCAAACGGUCCUUUUCCCAAUUCUCUGCAAGAAGUUGAAAUAGAGAUCAUAAGUAAUGAUGUAUGUAACCAAGUUAAUGUAUAUGGUGGUGCUAUAUCAUCAGGAAUGAUAUGUGCUGGCUUCUUGACAGGAAAACUAGAUGCCUGUGAGGGCGAUUCUGGAGGGCCCCUGGUUAUUUCAAAUGAUAGAAAUAUCUGGUAUCUUCUUGGAAUUGUUAGCUGGGGAAUCGACUGUGGAAAAGAAAACAAGCCCGGAAUUUACACCAGAGUGACUCACUAUCGGAACUGGAUUAAAUCUAAAACUAACAUCUAAUGCAACAGCCACCCCUUAUCCAAACUGGGGUGUCACACACAGCCUGUGGCAAACUGUAUUCAGUGUUCAUUGCCAUGAACAUGGUCAUCUAGUUCAAAAUGCAAAUGAGCAUGGUGUGGUGACUUUCUUAAAUCAGAAGGGGACAAGACUUUCUUUCACAUCGUUGGAAAGUUUUGACCAACCAUGACCACAAAAGAUACUCUCUGCUCCCUGCUCACCUCUGUUUGCCUGCUUCAUACCUUUUCAACUUACAGUCAUCUGGAGGUUGAACAAAUACUAACUGAGCAGCUACCCGCUGCUUCUCUCCAGACCCUUCUCUGGUGCCCUCAUAGUUUUUGUCGUCUUCAUAGACAAUCCUCACUGGUGACUGGUCGGUCCACUGACUAGACAAGCCAAGUAAUCAGUCGAAGCCACUGGUUACCAAUGAUGGAGAAGGCACUAGCCAAGAGGCUAGGACUUAGGAGAUGGCAAUGAGCAGGUCCAUUCCUUUUCAACUCCAGAUACGCACGUAACCUUUCUCCGAACCUCUCUGCAUUUGUAUUUUUGUAUAUUGUACUUAGACAGUUUAUCUGACAUAUAUUUGGAAGCAGUAGAUGAGAUUUUUUUAGUCACAUAAGAGAAGAAUUAGAGAAAUUUCCUUGUAUAAAUACCUUUUCAUACUUGGAAAUUAAAAGUGAUGUUUUGGGCCCUUUCAUUCAUGAAAGGUAAAUGAGUAAGAGUCUAAUAAGGUUACUCUCAGUUCCAUCUCUAAAUUGAGAGAAGUUUCAAUACUUGUAUAAGUUUAUUUCUUCAAUUGCAGUUUAUAUUCUCUUAAUUCAUUUUAUUUAAACAGUUUUAUUUUCAACUAGGUACCUUAGAACAACUAAGUACCUGUAAGAUGAGAAGUCAGCAUAAGUUAAUUCCAAGAAAAUAUAAAUAUUUGAAAUGUGAAGCUAAAGCCUCAGUAGACGUUCAUAAAAUAUUUGAUACAAAAUGCUAGUAAAGAUGUUUUUGUGCAAUAUUUGAAUUUAUUGUUAAAUAGCAAGCACUCUGCAAUAGAAUAUUUAAAUAAAAUAUUCAAAUAAUCAAGGAAGCAUCUUUAGAAUACCUUAGUUUUGAUGAUAAAAUUGUCGUUUUCACAUGUAUUUAGUUGCACAUUUUGUAGUCUCACCUGGGAGUAUAGAGUAGUACUGAACCAAACUCAGAAUUACUCCGUACAUCUUUAUCGUUUUUUAUAAUUGAUGAGUUAACUGCUGUGUUAAGGUUUUCACUGGGGUUUUGUAUUGAGUCUUGCUUAACACAUCACACUGUACAUAUUGAAAUGUAUUUAUGAUA